AUGAUUGCGUUAGUUCCAACUAACGUACCACGCUGGCACACCUAUCCCGCGGUUGCAGAGAAAAAAAGCAAUCACCCUAACAAAUUCCGUUUCUGCGGUGACGGAGACUGCCCGGACUGGGUGCUAGCCGAAAUACAUUCCAAUCUGGCCCAGCUCACCACGGACCAGCUUAACGAGCUCGGAGAACAUACCGCAAAAUCGAUCCUCGGAGCGGACCUUUCCGAAAGCGAUCUGAGCCAAAUCUACCCCAAGGGGUCGUUGGACGCACCGAAGGGAGCGAUCGCCUGCCUGCGCUUCCUGCUGACUAGUGCCGCCCGAUACGACACGGACGUGGGCGUUUUUGGCACGGAACUGCAGCAGCUGGGGCUGCCUAAGGGAGCAUGCGGCCGGCUGUUGGCGCAAUAUGUGCAGAAAAUACGGGCCGUUUUCCAUCUCGAUUUCGUGCAGCCAGUCCACAAACUUAUUAUAUUAUAUUAA